ACAGAAUUGGUGAUGCGUCCUGUCAGCGGCUUAUUGUCUGGGAAGGUAACCCUUCCAUGUCACUUCUCCAUCAACCCCACUGUUGCUCCAUUCAACAACACAGCCCCAGGAACAGAUUACUUGCGCAUCAAAUGGACCAAAAUUGAGAGGGAAGUGGAGUCGACUGUUCUUGUUGCCCAAAAUGGCGUCAUUAAGAUUGGUUCGGGUUACAGAAGUCGCGUAUCAGUACCUAGUCACCCGGAAGAUAUUGGGGAUGCUUCUCUGACAGUGGCGAAGCUAAGGGCAAGUGAUGCUGGAAUUUACCAUUGUGAAGUCAUGUAUGGGAUUGAGGACACACAAGACACAGUCAAUUUGGAUGUUGAUGGCGUGGUGUUUCACUACAGGUCCAGGGUCAGCAGAUACACCCUAAACUAUGCUAAAGCUGUGCAAACCUGCAUUAAUGUUGGCGCCACAAUUGCUACAGCUGAACAGCUGAGAGCAGCUUAUGAGGAUGGUUUUGACCAGUGUGAUGCUGGCUGGGUAGCAGAUCAAACAGUGAGAUAUCCAAUCACUAGACCAAGGCCUGGUUGCUUUGGAAAUUUACCUGGAAAGCCUGGUGUCAGGUCAUAUGGCAAACGCAAUCCCACGGAGACUUUCGAUGUAUACUGCUAUGUGGACAAGCUUGAUGGUAAUGUUUAUUUUGCCUCUACAAUGCGUAAGAUGACCUUUGAUGAGGCCAAGGCUGAGUGUGAAAGUAGAAAUGCAGUGCUAGCCUCACCCGGACAACUCCAUGCUGCCUGGAGACGCGGCCUGGACCGAUGCGAUUAUGGAUGGCUGUCUGAUGGUAGUGCCCGUCACCCUGUCUCAAUACCCAGAAUUCAGUGUGGUAGUGGUCUGCUGGGUGUCCGCACCAUGUACCGCUACCGAAACCAGACAGGCUUCCCAGAUCUCAAUACGAAGCUAGGAGCAUACUGUUUCAAAGGUGUUCACACCUGUUCUGACAAUGUUUGCUUGAAUGGAGGUUCUUGUGUAAAAGUGGGUGGUGCUAAGAUCUGCAGCUGUCCACCUGGAUACAGUGGUGAACUUUGUGAAAUAGACAUUGAUGAAUGUCAUGCAAACCAAUGUCGUAAUGGAGGAACAUGUAUUGAUGGCCUGAACUCCUUCUCCUGUCUAUGUCUACCAAGUUAUGCAGGAAAACUGUGUGAGCAAGACACUGAAACAUGCAACUAUGGCUGGCACAAGUUCCAGGGCCACUGCUACAAAUACUUUCCUUAUCGCCGUAACUGGGACACAGCUGAACAUGAGUGUCGUCUACAGGGUGCACACCUUGCUAGUAUCCUGUCCCAUGAUGAGCAGCAGUACAUCAACCGCCUCAGCAAUGACUAUCAGUGGAUUGGUCUGAAUGAUAAAAUGUUUGAGAAUGAUUUCCGGUGGACAGAUGGUAGUGUUGUGCAAUAUGAGAACUGGAGACCAAGCCAGCCAGACAGUUUCUUCUCCUCGGGGGAGGACUGUGUGGUUAUGAUCUGGCACGAGGACGGUCAGUGGAAUGACGUACCCUGCAACUACUACCUUACCUUCACCUGUAAGAAAGGCACAGUAUCCUGCAGUCAGCCUCCUCUUGUCCAUAAUGCACGCACAUUUGGGCUGCGUCCACGCUAUGAGAUCAACUCCCUGAUCAGGUACCAGUGCAUAGAUGGCUUCAUCCAAAGACAUGUUCCGACCAUUCGCUGCAGAGGAGAUGGCUCAUGGGAUUUACCCAGGAUUUCCUGCAUGAGUCCCUCUGACUUCCAAAGAACAUAUACAAAAAUAUAUCAGACAUAUGGAGUUUUUCACAGCCAUCGGAGGAGGUCUGCAGAAAAGUAUGUUGACAUACCCAGACGACACCAUCGCCAUGGUGUAAAAGACAAUUGGACACCGCAACAGUAACACAACCCUAUUGCAAAGGCGCUCCUAAUGUGUUUUGAUAUCAUGUGGUGGACCUGCCUGAUGGCUGAAAGAUUAUCAAAAGGACAAGAAAAAAAUGUCAACAUUUAGUGGAAUAUCAUUUUUAAUGUUUUUUUUCAGUAUUUGUUAGGAAUUUUUUUAAAGAGAUGGUUUUGCCAGAACUACAUAAAGGACACAUUCACCUGGUCUCUGAAAAAGCAAAAAGACUAUCUGACAUACCCUCCACCAUACCCUUUCUGCUUACUUGGGAAUACAUAGUGCCUUCAUAAACUGUAACCCAAUAUCCAUAUACAAAUGUAAAUGAGCUUUAAUAGUGUAAUUAGUACUGACAUAUCGCAAACUUUGCUCUUUGAAUCUGAUUCAUGGUCUUCUACAUUUCUGAUUCACACUUUGCCGUAUGUUUCUUUUCAUAGCAGGUCCACACAAAUGUUCUGCUGCUUACUGAACAAAAGAAAAAUAAUAUACACUACUGCUGAAACACUUGACUGAAAUGUUUCUCAUGAUCUUAAUAAUCUUUUGAUCUGAAGGCGUAUGCUUAAAUGUUUGAAAUUUGUUUUGUAGACAAAAUUAUUGUGCCAACAUAUUAAUUUAUUUAAUUAUAAAAAUACAAUUUAAUUAAAUAAAGUUUUUGAAAUUGAUGACUUGGACAAAAUAAUUAAGAAAAGCAGCCAAUAAGUGACCAACAUAGAUGCAAACUCCUUCAAUACUGUUUAAAAAGCGUCCCAGGGUGAUACCUCAAGAAGUUGCUUGAGAAAAUGUCAAGAGCGCAUGUCUGCAAAAUCUAGUUGUAACUUAAGUAUUACAAACCAUUUCAGCCAUGAAGUUUUUCUUGGAGAAUUCAAACUACUUUAAAGAGAAUAUACUUGAGAAUGUACUUUAAAGAGAAUGCGUUUUUACCAAGAUGCCUAUAGCCUAUAACGUAUUCCUUGAGCUGCUAUUUGUCUUUUGUUUUACUAAAAUAUAACAUGCAGAAAAUGAUCUGAACAUUGUCAGAAUUCAACACAUCACUACAAAGGACAGUUUGUGUCAAUAGCUUUGUUGAUGUGACUAAUAUAAGUAAUAUGGAACUUGCAAAUUUGAGAUGCAGAUUUAAUUAUGACAUUUGGGGCACAUUGAUGGACCAAAAGAAGAGGAUUCACAUUAACAGCUUUAACUCACAGCAAUUUGUUGUUUCAUGACUUAUUAAUGACGCUCAUACGUUUGUUUAGUCCCAAGCAUUUGUUCUUUAAAAUGUUUUCGUGCGUUGUCUUGUUUUGUCAGUUGCUUUUUGAAAGUGCACAUAUCUUUUUUAUAUUUAAAGUAUAACUUGUUUAUUGUAAAAGAAUGUUUGGUAAAAAAGAAAAACAUGUAAAGAAUGUGCUUUUGAUGUGUUACCAUAGAUACAAACAAUGUUUAUUAUAUUGUAUUGCAUUCCUGAUAUUUUUCUCUUCUAAAUUGGAGUAACGUUUUGGUUUCUGUGGUGGGGAAAAAGGCUUAAUGAUACACCAAAAAUUGACACUUUGAGGCAUGUUAGUAUUGUUCAUGCAAUGUCAGUGGAACUUUUUUAAAUUGAAAAACAAAUGUAAUAUAAUAGCAAUAAAAUACACUGUCUCAUGAAUAAAUUACA